CACCACUGAAGCCUCACUCCCAAGUCAUUCCGACUGUAGGAACCAGAGGGGGCAUACUGGUUCCCUCGCUGGACUCCCACGGAGUCAACCCCGUUCUAGUCCUGGACUCACUGGGUCAAAACUCAUGCCGCGUGUGUGUGCAAGCGUGCCCAGACCCCGAGGGGGGAAUGCAGAGGGACUGCAGCGCGGCCACCCGUCCUGGCGAUUUCUCCCUGUCUCUGCGUCUCUUUCUGUCUCUCCAGCGAGUACGCACGCACUACAGCAAAAAUCCCUCAAAAAAAAAAAUCAACCUGUAAUAAAUUAUUCCGCCUGGACAAAGUGAAACUUGGGAAAGGAGGAAAAAUGUUAUCUUCUCAAAGGGGUAUAGGGGGGAAAUAUUUAUUUUGCCAGGUAGAGACUUUAAAAACACUCUGGGGUCAGCAGGUGGCGCCGAGGUGAGGGGCUGGAUCUAGGCAGAUGGGUUUGCAGGUCCUGGGCCAGCAGUUCGGAAGAGUCGGGAGGAGAACGCAGAGGGGCCAUCCCUGCUCCCUUCUCCCCAGUCCUGCGAGCUCACACGGCCUGACGCAAAAGCUUUCUGGAAAACCCCCCACGCCCGAGUCCCCCACCCCGUUCUCAAGACGAGGAGCCCGCGCUAGUUACACGGAACACAGGAGGCUGCAGGAGUAGCGAGUCCUUGCGGCAGGGUCACAACCGUUAGAGUGAAAGAAAAUGUCUUUAUUUAAAGCCCGUGAUUGGUGGUCUUCUGUUCUGGGCGAGGAGGAGGAGUUUGAUCAAGGGUGCCUGUGUCUGGCUGAUGUUGACAACAGUGGGAAUGGACAAGAUAAAAUAAUUGUGGGCAGCUUUAUGGGAUACCUCAGAAUCUUUAACCCCCAGCCUGUGAGAACGGGAGACGGAGCUCAAGCAGAGGAUUUACUUCUGGAAGUGCACCUGCGAGACCCAGUCCUGCAAGUGGAAGUUGGAAAGUUUGUCUCAGGUGCUGAAACGCUUCACCUGGCUGUGUUGCAUCCUAGGAAACUCUGUGUCUACUCUGUGUCAGGAACCUUAGGCAACGUGGAACAUGGGAACCAGUAUCAGAUCAAGUUGAUGUAUGAGCACAACCUCCAGAGAACUGCUUGCAAUAUGACCUGCGGGCCGUUCGGUGGCGUGAAAGGCCGCGACCUGAUCUGUAUCCAGUCCGUGGACGGGAUGCUGAUGGUGUUCGAGCAGGAGAGCUACGCGUUCGGGAGGUUCCUUCCCGGCGCGCUGCUGCCCGGCCCUCUGGCCUACAGCCCCCGCACAGACGCCUUCAUCACUGUCUCCUCCUGCCGGCAAGUGGAGAGUUACAAGUACCAAGUACUUGCUUUUGCAACGGAUGCAGAUAAAAGGCAGGAGACGGAACAGCAAAAACUUGGUUCUGGAAAAAGACUAGUUAUGGACUGGACUCUAAAUAUUGGGGAGCAAGCCCUGGAUAUACGUGUCGUCUCUUUCAGCCAGUCAGCAUCUUCAGUGUUUGUUCUUGGUGAGAGGAACUUUUUUUGCCUCAAGGACAAUGGACAAAUUCGAUUCAUGAAGAAGCUUGACUGUAGCCCAAGUUGUUUUCUCCCAUAUUGCUCAGUUUCUGAAGGAACAGUAAACACCUUGAUCGGAAACCACAGUAGCAUGCUGCAUAUUUAUCAGGACGUGACCCUGAAGUGGGCCACUCAGCUGCCCCACGUUCCUGUGGCCGUGAGAGUGGGCUGUUUGCAUGACUUAAAGGGAGUGGUGGUCACGCUGAGUGACGACGGCCACCUGCAGUGCUCGUACCUGGGGACAGACCCUUCUCUGUUCCAGGCCCCAAAAGUUGAAUCCAGAGAACUCAACUAUGAUGAGCUUGAUGAAGAAUUUAAAGAACUUAAGAAAAUCAUCAGGGAUGUUAACAGAUCACAAGGUGUUUGGCCUGUGGCUGAGAGAGAAGAUGACUUGAAAGUUUCUGCUGUGGUCUCUCCUGACUUCGAUUCUGUGUCUCAAGCUCCUGAUGGCGAAGCAGGCGCUGACCGUGUCCCCUCUGUCACAGUGAAGGUCACGCUCCAGAACCGAGUGGUGCUGCAGAAAGCCCGCUUGUCAGUCUGUGUGCAGCCACCAUUGGUGUUGACUUGUGAUCAGUUCACUUUUGAAUUUACGGCACCGGACAUGACAGAGACAGCCGCCUUCUCUGUUUAUCUGAAAAGGAGCUCCCCCCCGUCUGAACUGGAAGGGGCCGCCGUGGUCUCCUACUCCAGACCAACAGAUCGAAAUCCUGAUGGCAUUCCUCGGGCUGUCCAGUGUAAAUUUAGACUUCCCCUGAAGUUAGUCUGCCUACCAGGUCAGCCUUCAAAAACUGCAAGCCACAGACUGACUAUUGACACGAACAAGCCCGCUGUCAGCCUUCUCGCGCUCUUCCCAGGCUUCGCCAGUCAGCCGGACGAUGACCAGGUGAACGUGAUGGGGUUUCAGCUCCUCGGAGGGUCCCGUGUCACUCUUCUUGCUUCCAGAAGCUCUCAACGAUACCGUAUUCAGAGUGAACAAUUUGAAGAUCUUUGGCUCAUAACGAAUGAGCUUAUUCUCCGCCUUCAAGAAUAUUUUGAAAAACAGGGAGUUGGAGACUUCGCCUGUGCUUUCUCUGGACCUCUGCCCCUUCAAGAGUACUUCGAGUUGAUCGAUCGUCAUUUCGAGCUGCGGGUAAAUGGUGAGAAGUUGGAAGAACUCCUAUCUGAGAGAGCCGUGCAGUUCCGGGCCAUCCAGCGCCGGCUGUUAACGAGGUUCAAAGACAAGACGCCUGCCCCCCUCCAGCACCUGGACACUCUGCUCGAUGGGACUUACAAACAGGGCUGGGUGGAGACCGCGGAUGCGGCCAUCUCCCACCUCCUGAAGACCUGCCUGUCCAGGAGCUCCAAGGAGCAGGUGCUGAACCUCGGCAGCCAGCUGGAUGUGCCCCGAGACACCAGCCGGCUGAAGAAGCACAUCGCCCUGCUCUGCGACAGGCUGGCCAAGGGCGGCCGCCUCUGCCUGAGCGCUGACACCGCCACUGUUCAGCCCACAGUCAUGCCAGAUGCCAUGGCUCUGUAUACACAGGCCCCUCAGAGCAGUCAGCCACUGCACACCGGAAAUGCUAGGAAGACGAGCGGCAAGAACCCAGAACUGGGCCGUGCACCGUGGCACUGUGCGGCGUCUACACGGACACUUUCCAAGUAUUCUGGAGGCAGCUUAAAUGCGGCAGGUGCAUGUGCGAGUCACGCAGAAACACGCGUCACUUCGUGAAGGCCGAGAGUCUGCAGACCUGGACCCGGCCCCCUGCAGGUGCUGAGGGUGGCCCGGUGUCUCCCCGCCAGUGGUCUCCGGGCAUGCUGCCUGUUGUCUGUCAGUGUCUCCUGCUUACUAGUCCUUGUUUUUAGUAGCGACAAGAAAA